AUGGGUCCAGUCAACUACUUUCUUGGGUUUGAAGUUAAGAGAAAUAAUUCAAGUCUUCUUCUUACUCAAACAAAGUAUGCACAUGACUUGCUGGAAAAAGCAAAAAUGGAAUAUUCUAAACCAUGUGUUACUCCUAUGGCCCUUGGUACAAAACUUGGGAAAGAAAUUAGAGAUUUGUUUGAUCAACCAACUUUAUAUCAAAGCAUUGUUGGUGGCCUACAAUACUUGACCUUAUCCAAACCAGAUAUAGCUUUUACAGUCAAUAAAUUGAGUCAAUUUUUGCAAAAUCCUACUGUUCUUCAUUGGACUGCCUGUAAAAGGGUCUUGUGGUAUAUUAAGGGCACUUUAAAGUAUGGCUUGGUGUUUAAGCCACAUAAGUUUCUUCACUUAGAGGCCUAUGUUGAUGCAGAUUGGGCGAGUGAUAUUAAUGACCAUAGAUCAACCUGUGGAUAUGCUAUGUUUCUUGGUGAUAAUUUGGUACAAUGGAGUUCAAAGAGCAAAAAGUGGUGUCCUUAUCCUCUACUGAAGCUAAAUACAAGGCAUUAA